GUGCUCUCCAUGUGAUUUACCUCGUCUCUGCCAUGAUCGGUGGCUCAAUCGGUCCACAGGGCUCUCACUCCGACUUUGGCCAUAAGAGAGUAUCACUCACCCGCACGUGACGUGUCUGAUCUUUGGCUUUCCAAUUCCAAUUACUCCGCGCCGCGGGGGAUUGAUCAUUUACCAUUCGGUUGACUCUAGCGUAUACCUGCAGAACUGGCUCAUCAUAGGGCACGAGGAUCGCGUCUUCAAGGGUUCAUAUCAUAAUCGCUUUUGCUUGAGAAUUUGCGGCGACUGCCAAGUGCAGCAUGGCCACGCAGCUUGUUACCCUGGCGGAGGUGGAACGAUUAAGCACGUCGGUGGUUAGGAUACUGGGCGGAAAUCCGGGCAAGUUCACCCUUCAAGGCACGAACACAUAUCUGAUCGGUCGAGGCCACCAGCGGAUUCUCAUCGACACGGGAGAGGGCAGACCAUCCUGGGCAUCCCACCUCAAAGCCGUCCUUGCCCAGGAAAACGCGACGGUGCAGCAGGCUCUGCUCACGCAUUGGCACCAUGACCAUGUCAAAGGUAUACCGGACCUCUUGGAGCUCUGCCCCAACGUGACGGUCUACAAGCACCAACCGGGACCCGGACAGAGCAGCAUCGAAGAUGGCCAGAUUUUCAGGGUUGAAGGUGCCACCCUGCGGGCGUAUCAUACGCCUGGCCAUACGGUCGACCAUAUGAUGUUUGUGCUCGAGGAGGAGGAUGCCGUCUUCACGGGGGAUAAUGUCCUGGGGCAUGGUACCAGUGUCUUUGAGGACCUCCGAGAUUACGUGAGUAGUCUACACAGGAUGCAGCAUCGGGUUUCUGGCCGCGGAUACCCGGGUCAUGGCGCAGUGAUUGAGAAUGCGACGUCCAAGAUCUCCGAGUACAUCAAGCAUCGACAACAGAGGGAGGACGAAGUCAUUCGGGUUCUUCGAUAUGGUCGGCUUGAUGGGCCAGAAGGUGAACUAUUCGCUACUCAACAGAAAACAUUCUGGACGCCCCUAGAGCUGGUGAAGGUGAUCUACAAAGACGUCCCGGAGAACCUGCAUUUACCGGCCUCCCAUGGCGUCCAGUUGGUGUUACAGAAGCUGGAGGAUGAAGGUAGAGUGGUUCAUGACAGGGAUCUGGGUGAAUGGAGCGUGGAGCGUGGCAAGUCUCCGCUUUGAGCCCGUUGAAACGGGAUGCGGGAAUUCGUUAUCUCAUGAGUGGCUGCAGGAUGACC